AUGACCGACGCGCCGCAGACGCUCGAAGAUCCGCGGUUGCCGCGCGCCGCCCUGGUCACCGGCGCGGCGCGGCGGGUCGGCGCGGCGCUGGCCGCCCAUCUGGGGGCCAGGGGCUGGUCCGUGGCCGUCCAUUACCGGGACUCCGCCGCUGAGGCCGAGGCGGUCUGCCGGACCAUCGAGGCGGCCGGCGGCAAGGCCGCGGCGCUGCAGGCCGACCUGGCCGAUCCGCAGACGCUGGCGCCGCUGGUCGAGCGCGCCGCGGAAGCCUGCGGGCCGCUGGGCCUGCUGGUGAACAACGCCUCGAUCUUCGAGUACGACGACGCCGACAGCGCAGGGGCCGAGUCCUGGCAGCGCCAUCAGGACAUCAAUCUGCGCGCGCCCCUGGGGCUGACCCAGCGCUUUGCGGCCCUGCUGCCGCAGGAUGCGGCCGGCUUGGUGAUCAACAUGAUCGACACCCGCGUCCUCAACCUGACGCCGCGCUACCUGAGUUAUACCGUCUCCAAGACCGGGCUCUGGACCCUGACCCAGACCCUGGCCCAGGCGCUGGCGCCGCGCAUCCGCGUGAACGGGAUCGGCCUGGGACCGACCCUGCCGGUGGAGGGGCAGACCGACGCCGACUUCGCCGAGCGCUGCAGCCGCCUGCCGCUCGACGCCGGCCCCAGCCUGGAAGAGGUCUGCGCCGCCCUGCAGUUCCUGCUGGAGGCACGCUCCAUGACCGGACAGAUGCUGGGUCUGGACGGCGGCGACCACCUGACCCGCGCACCUACGGUUCCGGGCGGCGCCGCCUGA